AUGGCGCACAACGAAGACACUCCACCUCACAUCGUCCCGGCGACAGACAACCAAGCCGCAGCCCCAUACGUCCCUUAUCAAGACGCAAUGUACUACAAUGCCAACCCGCGGCAGCGUAGGAGCAAUCACCAGUAUCGAGACUCCCGCGACAACGAUCUGCGCGACGACAGUUACCGAAACUCCCGAAGGAACUCCCGCGAGGACAACGACUUCCCUAACGAAAACCUCUACCGCCGCUCUUACAAGAAUGCCAACGGUCGAAACCGUGUUGUGGAAGAACAUACUCAUCGCCGCCGCCGCUAUCGACCGUCCUCUCCCAACGGCAAUGGCAACGGAGUCAACCUUGAUUCUCCUUUACGUUCAGAUGAAGCCGAUGUCGAUGCCGCGAACGGGAUUCAAGAAGACCACCGUCCUUCACCGAAAGACUUUUUCGGUAUUUCCGACAUGGCGCAAGUACGGCGUGGAGGCGUCGGAGGUGUUGGAGAAGAUGAACCUGAAUUGGAUGAGUAUGGGCGACGGACGCUACACGCUGCGGCUUUGGCGAACGCACGUCGCGGCAUGGGAAUGGGCGGACCUGGCGGAGAGUAUUAUUCCGGUGCGGAGUACGCGGACGCACGCAGGAGAGGCCAACAUGAUUCGCAGCGGGACUCCCAGCGGAGCUCUCAGCGGGAAAGAGACCGGUCGCGGAGAAGAGGCGGCGACGGCGCGAGAGGUGUGAGGACGAAGCGUGACUGGGAAAGGGAAGCGGAGGAAGCAGAGCAGCAUCGGCCGAAGGAGAGUUAUACGUUGAUGAAAGCGGCGAAGAGUGCUCUUAUGGCUGGAGGCGCGGAGGCCUUCCGCUGCCGCCAAGAACCCGGCUCCUGGUCCGGACAGAAAGGUAAACGCGUUGCCCUCGCUGCCACCACGGGCGUCCUCAUUGGGACCCUGCGCAACGGGCGCUUGUUGAACAGCGGGAAGAUGCCGUAUGCCGAAGCGGCGAUGACGGGAUUCUAUUCCAUUGACUUCCUCAAGCGGGUCAUUCGACACACGGAAUUUGAUAAGAAUUCGAAGAACGAAAAACGGGAUUGGAGGGAGGAGGCGAGAGGGGAGGCACCUUGGCAAGUCGCGGAUGAGGAGGACGAGAACGAGGAGGGUGAGCAAGAUGGCGGAAAUGAGAAAGGUGGGAAGGACGGGAAAGAUGGGAAAGGACAGGAUGGGAAGAUGACAGCCGCUCAGAUGACAGCCGUCGCUACGAUGACAGACGAUCCAAUGACGGUAGAAGGCGGAGAAAUAACAGGGGAGAUGACAGGAGAGACGACAGGAGAGACGACAGAAGGGAUGACAGAAGGGAUGACAGGAGAGCCGAUCGAAGAUCCGACAAAAGGCGAAAAGACGACGGGAGAGACAGACGAUCCGACAGCAGCUCCUCCGACUCCAGAUCGCGGAAGGAUGUGCGAGUCGACGAGGAACUUAGAGGCCUAA